AUGGAUGAAGCUGAAAGAAUGGCCACCACGGACACAGUUCCUGGCUCUUCUCCAUACAGCACUCUGGAAGUCGACCAAGUGGCGAACCAUCGCGAAAAACUGCUCAAAUCUCCAAGUGACGCAGCCGAAUAUGGAGCGAAUGUAUUACCGCAGGUCGGAGCCAAUCCAGAAAACUUACCGGAAGCGACCCACCCAGAAGCUGGAACUGAAAAUCCGCCAUCAACGACACGUGGGACACGCAAACGGACGUUGUGGAUAUUAUCCGCCUUGGUACUUCUUCUUGUCAUAGGUGCUGCCGUCGGAGGCGGAGUGGGCACAUCAUUGACCAAGAAAGACUCUUCCCUGCCCGCAACCGCCUUCCUCCCAAACACCAACCUCGCAGCGGUAAACUUCACCGAAGACUCUGUCGACCAUCGCAUUGUCUUUUUCCAAACAGCCGGGGACGGUAUCUAUCAAUCUGCCUGGAACUCAUCCAGAAAGUCAUGGACCGUGUCGCCAGUAAACAUCAAGGGCAGCAACGCUUCUCGCUCAGAUAUUUUCAAAACCCCAACCCCGAUAUCAGCCAGCUUCUACGCAUGUUCCUCAAACACCCCCAACCUCACCCUCUACUUCCUUGACGCGUCCUCGCGCCUGCGCCAGCUUCAAACCUCGAACCCAGCCGACUUCAACUGGACCCCCGGACCUCUAGACACCACCAUAAACAUCCCAGCCGACUCGCACCUUGCAUCGUACAGCUGCCAGCAUCCGUCCUACGCCGACUACUCGGACGCGUGGUUCCAGGGCUCGGACGGGUUCUACGAGGUAGUCGACGCGUCGGGCAACCCCAAAGACAGGGUCGACGAUGCGCUCGCCAUGAACGCCAACAUCACGAUCCGGAACCCGCCGGCGAACUCGAGCCUCACGCUCGUCCCGCACUACAUCUACGACUACAAUCGCACCGCCAAGGCGCCUUGGGUCUCGCUGUUCUUUGUCGACUCGGAAAUCCUGUGGCAGUACCAUUAUAGACGUAACAGACUUGCAUUUAUGCGUCACUUCGACGGCUCAAACCAACCCCGUCUCCCGGAUAACACCAACAUCGCCGGCUUCAGCUGGGGCUACAACAAAGACAUUCCCAACGUCGGGGGGCUGCAAGUCCUGUACACUAUGCCCGAUGAGAGCGCGGGCGGCAUCUCAUAUCUACAGAUGAACAAGAUAGACGGCGAAGGGAUAUGGGAGAGCAUCGACGCGACGAACGCAAACAAUCCGUUCAAAGGGGUGGCGAGCUACUCGUCGGUGGCAGCGACCGAGGUCGGGUCGGUGUAUGCGGUCGUGGAGGACAAGAGUUCAGGAGAAGUGGAAUUGAGGGAGUGGGAGUGGGUGCAGCAAGAUUUGAAGUAUACAGAGCGGGGGGCUGUCAAUACGGAGGUGCCGCGGACGUGA